AACAUAUUUUUUUGUAAUAACUUAGUGGUCCUGACUUUUAUUAUUAUGUAGAAACAAUAAUUUUAUUUAAAAUGUCUGUUCAUUGGAAUUCCGAGACCAUGAAGUGGGAAUAUAGGGAGCUACAUGCUACGGCUAUGUCAGUGGACUAUUCAGGAAAUAAUGUGCUUUUGGCUGGAAGACGAUGGCUGGCUAUUAAACAACUAAGCAUUGACGAAGACACCGGGGACAUAAUUAAAAAGUACCCACGACAAAGUAAAUAUGAUGCAGCAGGUGCUGAAUGGUGCCAGACGUAUCCCGGGCAAAAGUUGUGUGCUAUAGCAAGUAACCAGCGUGUAGAUGUGUAUGAAUGGAGAGCAGGCAAUGAUUUAACAUGCAUAUGUUCACUAAAAGGUCAUACUCGGGUAGUAAGUGACACACACUUCCACAGACAAGACCACAAUCUAAUAGCCACUUGCUCAAUUGAUACAUAUACACAUUUAUGGGAUUUGCGGGAUUCAAGAAAACCUGUUUUAUCUUUAAGUGCAGUUGCUGGAGCCUCCCAAGUACAAUGGAAUAAAGUAGCAUCACAUAUUGUAGCCACGGCUCAUGAUGGAGACAUAAAAAUAUGGGAUUAUCGUAAAAAUUCUGCACCAUUACAUUACAUCUCGGCACAUUUGUGUAAAAUACAUGGUGUAGACUGGAGUCCCCACCAUGAAUAUCAACUGGUUACAUCAAGUCACGAUGGAAGCAUAAAGUACUUUGAUAUUAACAAUGCUAGGAGACCAGAAAAUGUUAUAAUGACCAAUUUUCCAGUAUGGAGAGCUAUAUAUACUCCUUUUGGCAGUGGGCUUUUAACUAUUGGUGUUGGUUGGGGUGGAUUGCCACGAGUGGAACAGGCAGGUGUAAUAGGUAUUUGGAUUGAUGGAACAUUGACCCAUAGAUUAGCAGGCCACACGGAUACCGUUCAAACAAUGGUGUGGAGGCCUAAUACUUUACCAUCAAAUUAUCAACUUGUAACUUGGGGGAGAGAUCAAACACUUAGAAUUUGGACAAUGCAUCCGUCCUUGUUAAAAAUGUGUUCACAUUUUUUGCCUGAUGACAUAGACAGUGAUUAUGAUAAUAUAAGUGAUGCCAGUUAUGCAUCAACUAUUAAUACAAUGAAUGAUAAAAAAUGUCAAGAUAUUGAAAUGAAUAAAAUUGUUCAUAAAACACCUACCUCAAUAGAUGAAGAAUUUGAAUCAAUAAGGGAAAUGGCUAACAUAGAAGUAACGGAUAUGAAUAUUGAUACCAGGACUUGUCAAAUACAUUCAGAAAGAAACGGUUACACUGCCAAUCUUCAAGUGACAUUUCCUAGAAAUGUUACAGAACAGACAAUACCAAAAUUCUCAUGGUUAUCGGGAACAAAUGUAGAUAGUCCAAUGACAAUUAAAAUAUUGCAGGCAAUUAAUAAAACAGCAUAUAGAAAGAAGAAAGAAGGGCAUAGAUGCCUCUUGCACUGUCUGAAAACUUUAGCAACUUCCAUAGAUGAGAUACCAAUAAAAUCAAGCGAUGACUCUGAUUCAAUGAAGUCAAGCCAACGAAGUCAAUCGGAGAGUGAAAACGCUGGGGACUCGUGCAUACCAUUUCCCCGAACUUGCAGCGCCAAAUGGUGCGGUGUCAGUACCCUGGUCGUUUUCAGUCGGCCAUCAAAUGCUAGAAGACUGUCCUUAAAGCAUGAGCUGGGUACUCCAAGAUCCAUGUCUUCCUUAUCGCUCACUCCAGGUCUGUUUAGUGGAGGGUAUACAUCGAUAUCCCCUCAUGCUACGACAACCCCCUCACCGACAAAUGGACCAGGAUUUCCACAGUUGCAUCAUCGACACGCGUCAAAUUCUAUUACGACAUUUUAUUUUCAGGACAGAUGGAAAGCUCAAAGCCGCCGAGCAGGCAGUAUGCGCAGUCGCGGUAGUAUAUCUGGAAUGUGUUCGCCUAGAGUUGUCUUGUACUCUGGAGAACCAUUAUUCCACCUUAACCGAAUACUGGCGGAAAAAUAUGUCAUUAAUUCUGACGAUCCAGUUGAAAUGUGCGAAACAAACGCGAGGGUAUCUGCAGAAGAAGGUGAAGGUGAAGUUAGUCAUUCAUGGGGUCUUGCGGCGUUAGCUGCGCAGGCGUUGAACGCGCAGCCAAUAGAUCAUCUCAUGUCUAGUGAAGAAAGUAUGGGCUGGGCGGGACAUCCGCUAUGCUCUAAUCUAAUACAGGCUUUAGUUUCUCACUAUGCCAAAUCGUCAGAUCUCCAAACAGCGGCCAUGUUGACAUGUGCCUUCGCAGUUUUUUGUGAAUCAAGUAAUUCCAGCACAAACUCCACUUGCAGCACAUCCAGUGGUAACAACACAUCUCCAUACAAUACAGUUAACCAGUUUAGUGAAAUCAACGCUGAUGGCUGGACGUUACCGAUUAUACUUAGAAGUAACUCAUGUUCUGAGGCAGAAAAUUUAAAUACAGAGUACUCUAAGUCUGAUAAUUCCGGAUGUGUCCUCGACGAUAGUACAGUGCAUUUGUAUCAUUGCUUUAAGAGGGUCUACGCUGAUGUAUUGCAUAGGUGGCAACUCCUAUAUAAGAGGACCGAGGUGAUGAAGCUAGUCCGUAGUAAAUACGACCUGGAAUCGGAUAACGAGCCGUUAUCUCGUUGCAAUUGUAAAGGCCCGUGUGUAAGGAAACGCGCGUUGGGAUGCGCGGUUUGCUCGCGUGUUGUACGUGGCUUGACGGUCGCGUGUGCGCUUUGCACGCAUGUUGGACAUGCAGAGCAUAUGCUUAAAUGGUUCGCACAACACGAUACUUGUCCGACGGGCUGUGGUUGCAAAUGUGUGAUGGAAGCGAAUUCUAUAUGGAAAAGCAUUAAAUAUGUAUGAUUUAUACGGCCCGUAUUCCUCAACGUCGUUAAAGCUUUAAAACAGCUUCUUUGGGCCGUUUAAGUAUUACGUAGAUUUACUGCAAUUUACCCCCCCCCCCUCAGCAAAAGUAAGCAAAGCUCUCAAAAAUAAUAAAGCACAUAAACGUAUUAUGUGUAAAAAAGUAAAUAGUUACUGUUGACGUUAUCACCAAAUAAGAAAAUGAAAGACAGCUCCCCUCUCCCUAUAGUGCUUACGUAAUACUUGAACGGCCCCAUUGGCUAAAAGGCUUACACAGAUAAAAAAUGUUCCUCAAAAUGAGGGAUCAAAAAUCCGUUUCGAAGAUAAAUCUAAACAUCUACAUUAAAUUUACUAUUUAUUUAGUAUAAACAAAAUACAAACCAAAAAACGCAGAACGCAGGCUUUAAGAAUAUGAUUCAGACGAAACUUAACGCUAAGUGUGACCCGUAUGUCAAACACGCAUUCUACAUACGGGAAUCACAGUUCGUACGUGUAUCUUUACUAAAUCUCACUCUAGACUAGCAACUGUGAAAUAGUCUAUGCCUCACUCAAGCUUUGCGAUGCAUUUUGGAAUACGGAGCUUUUUAAUAAUCGUUUGGUGAUUGGUAAAAUUAGAUUUUUAUUUUCUGACAUUAUGUGGACUUAUAUGUUUUACGUAGUCUUAUAAAAUCGAAAGACUCGAAUAGAUAUUGGAGACACGUACUUGUUUACAUAGUUUUUACUUAAUAUUGGGUAUGGCCCGGAAUACAGCUCAGAACCCUAUUGAUUAGUGUAAAAAGCAAUGGUUAUGGGUCCCAAAGUCUCGGUAAAAAUUCUAAUAUCUGGUUAAAAUAAUUGGUUUAUAAACGUAUUUUAAUUAGUUUACAAAUGGCUGUAUUGUAACUUACAAGGGCCUUAUUUCUUGACUUGGCGUACGUCUGCCGUCCCGACGGAAACUAGGUCAUACUCGGUACUCGAUACUAAGUAAACUCGUACUCGUACUCGCAACUCAUAAUAUCUAUGAAUUCACUUCUAUUGUCUAUUGGUGCUGUUCGCGCAAUUUUUAUGACAUCAAGAUAUAUUUUUAUUGUAUAAUGAGAUACUGCCUUUGUACGUUCCGUUGUUAGUUGUGGCUAGGUUUUUUUUUAUGGAGGGCGUGUCUAGGUUGAUUGCUAAGCCGUUUUUAUUAAAAGCGUUGGAAACAUUCGAACAAUACAUUUUAACGAAUUAAGCGUUUAAUCAUAAAAGUUUAUUUUCGAUAAUAUAAAACUGUUCCGUCAUUUCAGGUGCUUUAAAUAAUUAAUUUUAAUACGAUAAAAUGUAUUUAAUUUUACUUAUAUUAUAGAAAGUAAUUUUACAAAUAGCAUUUAAUAGAGAUAAUUGGAGGUCAAUAAAAAACAUUGCUUUUUCUUAAUCAGGGCGGAAAUUAUUAUUGUUUGAAUAGACCUAAGACUUUGGCGGAACAAUCAACCUUUUGAAUCCCAAAUCAUAUUUAUAAGCAUUAAGACUGUGAACAAAUAAAUGAAUACACUUUUG